CUGGUUGGCUGGUGGUCCAGUCGGCUGUCUCCGGCCCGGGGAGAGCGGGCGGAAUGGAGCCCGGGUAACGGGUCGGCAGCGGUAUUGGAUUCUUCAGGGCCAACAACUGAUUUUGAAUACAAUUUCAGCUAAUAUGGUUCAAGCGAUUAAGUGGAAACGAUUUCAGUUAGAGACGUAAAGUCUUGGAGUGGCCGACAGAGCUUCAGUUGUGUUGAAAAUGCUGGGAGACAGAGUGCAGUCAGCUACAAAAGAAAAUCUUUACAAAGACCCCACAUUUCCAGCAGGCGACACCUCCCUCUUUUUUAACUGUUCCACCCCACUCUCACAAUUCAGAGGGAAGAUUUCCUGGCUGAGACCUCAGGAAAUUUGUUCUGCUCCUCAAUUGUUUUCAGACAAUCCACAGGAGGUGCAAGUGAAGCAAGGGAUUUUGGGAGAUUGUUGGUUCCUGUGUGCCUGUGUUGCUUUGCAGAAGAGUAAAUACCUGCUAACUAAGGUAAUCCCUCCAGGUCAGCCCAGCUGGACAGAUGAGACGUACACAGGCUGUUUCACUUGUCAAGUCUGGCAGUUUGGACAUUGGGUGGAGGUAACCAUUGAUGAUCGCCUGCCUUGCCUUGGGGGUAAACUCUGCUUCUCCCAGUGUCAGACAGAAGAUGUGUUUUGGCUUCCCUUACUGGAAAAGGUCUAUGCCAAGGUGCAUGGGUCUUAUGAGCAGUUGUGGGCAGGGCAGGUGGCAGAUGCUUUAGUUGACUUGACUGGAGGUCUAGCUGAGAGAUGGAUCCUAAAAGACCCUGGAAGAAGCAUGGAAAGAGAGAGGACUGGUAAAGUUUUGGAGAAGAUGGUAUUUAGGAGACUGAUGAACCUGAAGGAACAAUGUGUGAUAAGUUGCUCAGUCCUCAGCUCCAGGCAAGGUGCCAGUGAACUGGGAGAAUUUCAUGCCUUUAUUGUCUCAGAUAUGCUUCAUCUCUCCAGAGUCUCGGGCAACGAAAUCAUCUUGCUACGGAUACGAAACCCUUGGGGGAGGCGGUGUUGGAAAGGACGUUGGAGGGAAGGUGGUCAAGGGUGGAUCCAAUUGGAUCCAAUAGCUGCUUCAGAAUUGCUUUCCCAGAUCCAGGAAGGAGAAUUCUGGGUUGAGGAGGAGGAGUUUUUCAAGGAGUUUGAUGAGAUUACCAUUGGGUUUCCAGUCACUGAAGAGGGACAGCUUCAGAGCCUCUAUACAGAGAAAGUGCUGAGUCAUACUCGGAAUCUCUGUGGAUCCUGGGUGAAAGGCCAGUCUGCAGGUGGUUGCCGUAACAACAACAGCUUCCCUAUGAACCCCAAGUUCUGGCUGAGGAUAUGUGAGCAGAGUGAGGUGUGCAUUGCUCUUCUGCAGAAACCCAGGAAGUACUGUGCUGAUUGGGCUGGAAGAACUCAGAAUCUGACCCACUUAGCAGAGAAAGGUCCAUCUCUGACUGAAGGCAUUCAAGGGCAGAAUUACCAGGCUGUGGGACUGCAUGUCUGGAAGGUGGAGAAGAGGCGCUUUAACCUACCAAAGACCCUCUCUGCUCCUCCGGUUGUAGGUACCAUUUGUCAUUCUUAUGACAGAGAAGUACAUCUCCGCUGUGACCUUGCCCCUGGUUAUUACCUUAUUGUCCCUAGCACCUUUCUGAAGAAUGCAGAGAGCGACUUCCUGCUUCGUGUAUUCUCAACAGGAAGAAUCUGCCUCAGUGAGAUAAAACCACCACCCACUGAUGCUGCCCUCUGUGAAGAGCUCCCACCAGGUGAAUGGGAGACAGUGCAGCUACAGGGAUGCUGGAAAAACGGCCAAAGUGCUGGAGGUAGCAGGAACUUCCACUCCUUCCAUACCAAUCCCUGCUUUCCCCUCUCCGUCCCUGCAGGAACAGAAGAGCGCAGCAUGAAAGUCACCCUCCGCCAGCACUGUCAAGAUAGCAAGUGUCGUCCAAUAGGGUUUCAUAUCUUCCAGGUGCCUAAUGACAGUUGGAAACCACAGAGUUGUUCUUUUCUGCACUUGGAGCCACUGGUUAGCUGUGUACCUCAUUGCUACUCACAGGAAGUGAGCCAACUGUGCAGACUCUCUGCAGGGAAUUAUGUAAUUGUACCUUCAACGUACUUGCCUAAUACUGAAGGCAAUUUCACAGUGGUCAUAACAACCAAAAUAGACAGGAAAUGCAUUCAGAGCCAGGAGAUCCUUGGACAAAUAUUGCAAGAAGUCUCCUUUACAGCUGUGAUGAAAAGGUAAUUUGGAAUUCUCGCGUCAACAUCAUAACAGUAGAGAGACUGGAAAAGCCUGACCUGUGGCUAUUUUCAAUUUGAAAUGAAUUAACCAGAAAAUACCCUGGUCCCAGUGGUUUUCCAUUCAGACUGACUUCCAGCCUGGUGACGUCCUCUCUGAAAAGAUACCUCCUUGAUCAUACGCAUCCUGAUGAGCAUUCUUCCCCUCCAUAUGUUUUAUUACCAGCAACAUACAAAUGAACUUCAUGCUAUACCUCAGUUCUUCAAAAAUAUGGACAAAGGAUAUGUGCACGUGUUUUAACUCAAGCUGUAGUUUUAAAAUUAAAACAGGAAAAAAAAUGUGACCUAUGUGUACAUAAUGAAAGAACGUUUGGUGAAGAGUACCCAAGUUUACAGAACAACCUCAGGAGACCAGCAGAGGAAAGGAGGAGUGUAGGGGAAAGAAACUGGAGUCCCUUUUCCAGGAAGGAAAGACUAGGAUCCAACAAAGUACACUGGAACAGGUAUAGACCAGAUCUAGAUCUACCACUGCCAGUCUUAUUACUGAGCACUUUAUCAUGGGCCCUGCUACUAUGAAUAUUUGUCAUGAAACUGUAACUUUGGAAAAGAUAAGUGUAGGCGAGUUUGUCUUGCACCAUGUGAACACCUGGAAGGGAAGGAAGAAAUAACUUAUGCAAAGCUGUUGGUUUGAAACUCCAUAUAAGACAGUAUUUUUGUUACUAGUAACCAGAAUGUUGUUUUCUUAAUUCCUGUUAAAAUAUUUCUUACUCAAGUGUGGGUUUUUUAGAUAUUGUAUUUUCUUUAAUAAAUGUAAGGUGAUGUUAAA